AUGAACCAGUCGCCGCUAACGCCCUGCACAUCUUUUAGGAUCUUCAGGUAUCUCAACCCCUGGGGUCAACCUCCCCCGGUGACCCAGGAACAUCUGCAGGAGUCACCACUGCAGGAAGACGCAACCCACCCGGACACAAACCCGGAGACCGAGGAGGCACCACAAGCUGCUCCCGGCUUGCUGCAAAGGAUCUUCAGGUAUCUCAACCCCUGGGGUCAACCUCCCACAGAGGCCCAGGAACAUCUGCAGGAGGCACCACAAGCUGCUCCCGGCUUGCUGCAAAGGAUCUUCAGGUAUCUCAACCCCUGGGGUCAACCUCCCACAGAGGCCCAGGAACAUCUGCAGGAGGCACCACAAGCUUCUCUCGGCUUGCUGCAAAGGAUCUUCAGGUAUCUCAAUCCCUGGGGUCAACAAAACCCAAACCCAAACCCGGGAGUCAGGGGUGAACAAAACAACCCCAAAAAGAAAAAAAAAAGGUUCAAAAUCAACCUGAAGACGACGGGAGUCAAACGGGACUGGAGAUCAAAGAUCGUGUAUUUCCUCUUCCUGUUUCUGUUUGCUGGUGGAGUGACACAGCACGUACACCACAGCAACCAGCUAAAAGACGCCCGGCUGCAAAUAACCACCCUCACGCAGCUGAUGAGCCGAUUGAGUCCCGUCGCAGACACAAUGGCCAACUUCGCCCAGGAGUCGCAGGGAGCCAGAGUCCUCCACCGCCUGUCCUCAGACACGUUCCGGACCUCAAUCCAAGACAAAAUGAUGGACCAGCUGCUCUCCUGGGUCACAACCUCCACCGACCACCAAAGAAUCAUCCAGGACCACUCACGGUCGCCCCCUGGAGCGAGCUGGUGCUUCGCGGGGACCAAGGGACACGCCGUUGUCUCCUUGUCGCAUCCCAUCGAGGUCACGGACGUCACGAUCGGCCACAUCACAAAAAGACAGUCACUCACCGGGGAAAUCAACAGUGCGCCGAGGGAGUUCUCCGUCUACGGAUUGGUGCACGACAACGACGAAGGCAUCCACCUGGGGACCUUCGCGUACAACAAGAACGGCCUGAGCUCCCAGACCUUUGAGCUGCCUGUCGCAGUCAAAGAUGUCUUCAGCCACAUCAAGCUGGAGAUAAAGACAAACUGGGGGGAUGAUGACCAAACGUGCCUCUACAACUUCAGGGUGCACGGGUAUCCGGUGUCUGGUUAGGGUGUAGAAGGUCGACCAACCCUGAACCGUCCAAGAACAAAUGAGAUGUCAUCAAAUAGAAUACAUAAAUAUGUGAACAUGGGUAUGCAUAUAUAGAUGUAUUAGAUGACAUGUUCACAGAUGUGUUCGGGUUGGUUUGCCUUCCCAUGUGGGUUUUCCCCGGGUCCUCCGGUUUCCCCCCACACACCAAACACUGUUUGGUUUACAGUUGGCAGAAGACGAUUAGGUCUUUUGGGGUUUUCUCCGGGUUCUCCGGUUCGCCCACACACACCAAACAUUGUUUGGUUUACAGUUGGCAGAAGACGAUUAGGUCUUUUGGGGUUUUCUCCGGGUUCUCCGG